GUAGAAAGUAGUCCCAGGCCCGCGGCCGCGGCCGCGGCGCUGUCCACUCCGCCGCCCCCGCCCUCUGCAGCCGCCGCCUCACUCCGCCCCCAGCCGGACUCUCAGGCCCCUUGCUUCUCGCGAGCGGCCGUCCGAGCACCAGCCUCGCCGCCGCAGAGACGCUCGCCACGCCGGUGCCGGAGCCGGAGCGGGGAGCCAGGCUGCGUGCGACCAGCCGCAGAGCAGAGAGCGCCCGGGGCGGGGGCCGCAGACGGACCGGGGCUCUGGGCGGCCGGAGAGCAUGUCCGCGCGGCUACGCUGAAUGGCGCCUCCUGUGCGACCCCUCGCCCGGCUGCGACCGCCGGGGAUGCUGCUCCGCGCGCUCCUGCUCCUGCUGCUGCUCAGUCCUUUGCCAGGAGUGUGGUGCUUUAGCGAACUGUCUUUUGUAAAAGAACCACAGGAUGUAACUGUCACAAGAAAGGACCCAGUCGUUUUAGAUUGCCAGGCUCACGGAGAAGUUCCUAUUAAGGUCACAUGGUUGAAAAAUGGAGCAAAAGUGUCUGAAAAUAAACGGAUCGAGGUUCUUUCUAACGGCUCUUUAUACAUCAGUGAGGUGGAAGGCAGGCGAGGAGAGCAGUCCGAUGAAGGAUUUUAUCAGUGCUUGGCAAUGAACAAAUAUGGAGCCAUUCUUAGUCAAAAAGCUCAUCUUGCCUUAUCAACUAUUUCUGCAUUUGAAGUCCAGCCAAUUUCCACUGAGGUCCACGAAGGUGGAGUUGCUCGAUUUGCAUGCAAGAUUUCAUCCCACCCUCCUGCAGUCAUAACAUGGGAGUUCAAUCGGACAACUCUACCUAUGACUAUGGACAGGAUAACUGCCCUACCAACAGGAGUAUUGCAGAUCUAUGAUGUCAGCCAAAGGGAUUCUGGAAAUUAUCGUUGUAUUGCUGCCACUGUAGCCCACCGACGUAAAAGUAUGGAGGCCUCGCUAACUGUGAUUCCAGCUAAGGAGUCAAAAUCCUUCCACACACCAACAAUUAUAGCAGGUCCACAGAACAUAACAACAUCUCUUCAUCAGACUGUAGUUUUGGAAUGCAUGGCCACAGGAAAUCCCAAACCAAUCAUUUCUUGGAGCCGCCUUGAUCACAAAUCCAUUGAUGUCUUUAAUACUCGGGUACUUGGAAAUGGUAAUCUCAUGAUAUCUGAUGUCAGGCUACAACAUGCUGGAGUAUAUGUUUGUCGGGCCACUACCCCUGGCACACGCAACUUUACAGUUGCUAUGGCAACUUUAACUGUAUUAGCUCCUCCUUCAUUUGUUGAAUGGCCAGAAAGUUUAACAAGGCCUCGAGCUGGCACUGCUCGAUUUGUGUGUCAGGCAGAAGGAAUCCCCUCUCCCAAGAUGUCAUGGUUGAAAAAUGGAAGGAAGAUACAUUCGAAUGGUAGAAUUAAAAUGUACAACAGUAAAUUGGUAAUUAACCAGAUUAUUCCUGAAGAUGAUGCUAUUUAUCAGUGCAUGGCUGAGAAUAGCCAAGGAUCUAUUUUAUCUAGAGCCAGACUGACUGUAGUGAUGUCAGAAGACAGACCCAGUGCUCCCUAUAAUGUACAUGCUGAAACCAUGUCAAGCUCAGCCAUUCUUUUAGCCUGGGAGAGGCCACUUUAUAAUUCAGACAAAGUCAUUGCCUAUUCUGUACACUACAUGAAAGCAGAAGGUUUAAAUAAUGAAGAGUAUCAAGUAGUCAUCGGAAAUGACACAACUCAUUAUAUUAUUGAUGACUUAGAGCCUGCCAGCAAUUAUACUUUCUACAUUGUAGCAUAUAUGCCAAUGGGAGCCAGCCAGAUGUCUGACCAUGUGACACAGAAUACUCUAGAGGAUGUUCCCCUGAGACCUCCUGAAAUUAGUUUGACAAGUCGAAGUCCCACUGAUAUUCUCAUCUCCUGGCUGCCAAUCCCAGCCAAAUAUCGGCGGGGCCAAGUGGUGCUGUAUCGCUUGUCUUUCCGCCUGAGUACUGAGAAUUCCAUCCAAGUUCUGGAGCUCCCGGGGACCACGCAUGAGUACCUUUUGGAAGGCCUGAAACCUGACAGUGUCUACCUGGUUCGGAUUACUGCUGCCACCAGAGUGGGGCUGGGAGAGUCAUCAGUAUGGACUUCACAUAGGACGCCCAAAGCUACAAGCGUGAAAGCCCCUAAGUCUCCAGAGUUGCAUUUGGAGCCUCUGAACUGUACCACCAUUUCUGUGAGGUGGCAGCAAGAUGUAGAGGACACAGCUGCUAUUCAGGGCUACAAGCUGUACUACAAGGAAGAAGGGCAGCAGGAGAACGGGCCCAUUUUCUUGGAUACCAAGGACCUACUCUAUACUCUCAGUGGCUUAGACCCCAGAAGAAAAUAUCAUGUGAGACUCCUGGCUUACAACAACAUAGACGAUGGCUAUCAGGCAGAUCAGACUGUCAGCACUCCAGGAUGCGUGUCUGUUCGUGAUCGCAUGGUCCCUCCUCCACCACCACCCCACCAUCUCUAUGCGAAGGCUAACACCUCAUCUUCCAUCUUCCUGCACUGGAGGAGGCCUGCAUUCACCGCUGCACAAAUCAUUAACUACACCAUCCGCUGUAAUCCUGUUGGCCUGCAGAAUGCUUCUUUGGUUCUGUACCUUCAAACAUCAGAAACUCACAUGUUGGUUCAAGGUCUAGAACCAAACACCAAAUAUGAAUUUGCUGUUCGAUUACAUGUGGAUCAGCUUUCCAGUCCUUGGAGCCCUGUAGUCUACCAUUCUACUCUUCCAGAAGCACCAGCAGGCCCACCAGUUGGAGUAAAAGUGACAUUAAUAGAGGAUGACACCGCCCUGGUUUCUUGGAAACCCCCUGAUGGUCCAGAAACAGUUGUGACCCGCUAUACUAUCUUAUAUGCAUCUAGGAAGGCCUGGAUCGCAGGAGAGUGGCAGGUCUUACACCGUGAAGGGGCAAUAACCAUGGCUUUGCUAGAAAACUUGGUAGCAGGAAAUGUGUACAUUGUCAAGAUAUCUGCAUCCAAUGAGGUGGGAGAAGGACCCUUUUCAAAUUCUGUGGAGCUGGCAGUACUUCCAAAGGAAACCUCUGAAUCAAAUCAGAGGCCCAAGCGUUUAGAUUCUGCUGAUGCCAAAGUUUAUUCAGGAUAUUACCAUCUGGACCAAAAAUCAAUGACUGGCAUUGCUGUAGGUGUUGGCAUAGCCUUGACCUGCAUCCUCAUCUGUGUUCUCAUCUUGAUAUACCGAAGUAAAGCCAGGAAAUCAUCUGCUUCCAAGACGGCACAGAAUGGAACUCAACAGUUACCUCGUACCAGUGCCUCCUUAGCUAGUGGAAAUGAGGUAGGAAAGAACCUGGAAGGAGCUGUAGGAAAUGAAGAAUCUUUAAUGCCAAUGAUCAUGCCAAACAGCUUCAUUGAUGCAAAGGGAGGAACUGACCUGAUAAUUAAUAGCUAUGGUCCUAUAAUUAAAAACAACUCUAAGAAAAAAUGGUUUUUUUUCCAAGACUCAAAGAAGAUACAAGUUGAGCAGCCUCAAAGAAGAUUUACUCCAGCAGUCUGCUUUUACCAGCCAGGCACCACUGUAUUAAUCAGUGAUGAAGACUCCCCUAGCUCCCCAGGUCAGACAACCAGCUUCUCAAGACCCUUUGGUGUUGCAACUGAUACAGAACAUUCAGCAAAUAGUGAAGGCAGCCAUGAGACUGGGGAUUCUGGGCGGUUCUCUCAUGAGUCCAACGAUGAGAUACAUCUGUCCUCAGUUAUAAGUACCACACCCCCCAACCUCUGAUUCUUUCACUGGCAGUGAUUCAGGUGGAGAUUCCACAAUGAGGAAGUGUGAAGACCCUGCUGUGUCAUCCGUUAGUGAGCAGACUUCCUCCUUAGUUCUGCAGCCGCCAUCUGCCAUGCUAUGCUUUGAUAAAAAUGAUUUUCCAAUCUAGACGGCCAUGCUCAGGUAUUCUCACCAUUAAGUCUGUUCGAAGGACAAUGAACAGGGAGCCAAAGCCUUUUGUGAAAAUCUUGAUAUCUUUAUGGGGUAUUUUAGCUUUUUUGAAUGUGUUUUGUUUUUUAUUUUUAAACUUGUGUAAUUUGAA